AUGUACAAGAGGGGUAGUCCAACAGAAUCUCAUACGAAGUUAUAUGGUUACUUCUACAUGCUGGAACAGAAGAAUCCAGGUACUAUUACUGACAUUGUCAGCGAGGAUAACCGGUUCAAGCACUGUUUUUGUAUCGACAGAACAUUCUUGAAGACGAAGUAUGGAGGAACACUGUUAGUUGCUAUUGCGUACGAUGCAAACAACCAAUUGUUUCCGGUAGCCUUUGCAAUUGUUGACAGUGAGAAUCAUGACUCUUGGAAGUAUUUCUUGGGGAAGUUAAAGGAAGCCAUUGGUGAGGUUGAAAAUCUUAUGUUCAUAUCGGAUAGGCAUCAAAGCAUUGAACAUGCUGUUGAGGUUGUUUUCCCAGAAGCAUGCCACUGUGCAUGCUUCAAGCAUAUUACUAUGAAUGUCGUUCACAAGUUUAAGACUGAUGUAUGCAACCAGCAAAUAUGGCUUGCAGCUUACGCAUGGAACAAGACGGAAUGUGAUAGACAUUUUGAGGUGCUGAAACAGAUGGACCCUGCCAUUGCUACAUACGUCGAGCAAAUAGGAUUUGAAAAGUGGCCUCGUCCUUAUUGUCCAGGAGAUCGGUACAACAUAAUGACAAGCAACGCUGCCGAAAGCUUCAACAAGGUGACAGAAGAAUUCAGAAAAUAUCCAGUAACUAUUUUGGUUGACUUCAUCAGGUUCACACUUCAAAAUUGGUUUGCUUCUCGUCUCGAAAAGGCUAGUAAGUGCGCUACUCCUUUGGCUACUACUUUUGAAAAUAAUUUAAAGGAUCAACACAAAGAUGGUAUGUUUAGGAGUGUCCUUCGUAAUGGUGCCCAAUUGUUCAACGUUGGUACGAGUCCUCAAGGUGAGAGAGGUGGUGAUGUGAACUUAGUGGAGAGAACAUGCACUUCCGGACUUUUCCAAACGCUCAAAAUCCCUUGUCCCCAUGCAUGUGCCUGUUAG